UUUCUGCUUUAGAAAAGAAAGCCCUCGACUUGCCUGCAAGUUAAGACAUCUAGCUCCCUAUAUAUCCAUUGUCGGCUCAUCCCAUGCCAUACAAAUAAGUGUUUAAUUUAUUCAUAUAUCUUCCUAAUUAGCAUUAAUAUUUCGAUCUCCUUCUUUAAUAAUUAUAUACUAGUAUAAUAGUUUGAUGAUCUGGUGUUGAUUGUUCUUCAAAUCGGUCGUACAAACUGUUGACCAAAGCUUCCCAACCGCCGAACUAAUUAAUUUGUUAAGCAAAUGAGGUCUCGUCGAACAGCCCCAGAUCCUACAAUGCCUCCAGUGUUUGUAGAUCCCAGGGCAGAUGAAUGGGAGCAACGUGAGUUGGACAAGAUCAGAAAGUGGUAUGGUGAGCAGGAAGAAACAAUUGCAAAAUGGGAAAAUGAGAAUAAAAACAAAGCAGAACUUAAGCUCAAAAAAAUUAAGGCUGAAUUGGAAGAGAAGAUUGCAAGAGCUGUUGAGAAUUUCGAAGAAAAAGUUAAAUGGAUAGAAAACACAUCAAGAAAAGCAAUGACACAAGUGGAAAAAGAGAAGAAAAGGGAAGAGCAGAAGGUGAAGGAAGAGGCCAAUCAGUUAAGAUUUACUGGCAUCCUCCCGGAACAAACAACUUGUUCCCUCAUGCAUGGUGAGGAGGAAGAAAUAAUUGCAAAAUGGGAAAAUGAAAAUAAGAACAAAGCCGAACUGAAGCUCAAAAAAGUUAAGGCUGAAUUAGAAGAGAAGAUUGCAAGAACUGUUGCGAAUUUCGAAGAAAAAUUUAAAUGGAUAGAGAACACAUCAAGAAAAGCAAUGUCACAAGUGGAAAAAGAGAAGAAACGAGAAGAGCAGAGGGUGAAGGAAGAUGCCAACCAGUUAAGGUUUACUGGUAUCCUCCCAGAGCAAACGACUUGUUCCCUCAUGUAGCUACUGAAUCGAUCUCAUCACAAAUUUAUCUCCAGAUUUGCUCUUUAAAGGAGUUCCAUAUUUUAAUAGUAGCUUUAAUGACUUUUUAAUGACUUCUAAUAGAAACAAUAACAAUUAUAGUUAUAAUCUAACAACAUUAUUGUACAUAA